CGUUGUCAAUCACACAAAUUUGAGAUUCCAGAAACACGUUUUUAACUUUAAUAUUGAGUGCUAUGGUUUUACCGCAUGAUCUUUUAAAAGUAAUGUCAACAGUAGCAACAACGGUCUCUGAGAAGAUCUCCUUACACUUUCUUUCCUUAAAAUGUUUCAGUAUGGGCCUAUAUAUUGCGAUGGGAGAGAACUUCGAAUUUAUACUGAGGCCUAAAAACGCUACUGAGGGAGCCGGAGUAACGCAGUCGAUUUAGCGACACAGGCAACUUCACUCACUUUUUUUUUUACAAAGAUCACUCUUCUGGGAUUCACAUAGUCACAUUUUUAUUCUAACCCUGAAGAUGGGGACACAACUUUCCUCUGAAACGUUAAUGGAGGCAUCAGGUUCCUCCAUGCACACAUCUAACAGACUACAUGGCUAACAUCUCAUGUUCUGCCUUGAAGAAGUAAACCCAAAAGAUUUUCGAAUACCUCUGAGAAGCCCCACUCUUCUACAAGGGAGAUGGAAGCUUGGAGAGUCCUCCGAAACGUCGGUAUUUCUAAACUAUGAGAGGUCACAAUUACUCUUCUGUCCUGAAAACGUUUGCAAGAUGUUCCCCAGAAACGCUGACACCUAUGUACCAAACAGCACGGCCUCACAAUCCUAGAAGACGGCAGUCUUAAGCUUGUAUCACAUUAUCGCUCAAGCCACGCUCACCCUCUCGGGACACUCACUCUCAUGUCACGCUCCAAGGUAGUCACACCACGACGCUCAGGAGUUUAGAUGGAAGUGACCGAAAUUAAUUUUUCUGACGAAGAACUUCUAUUGAUUGCGGUAUUGUUAGAUGAUGAUGAAGCGAAACCUACAGGAAGAAGAAAAUGGGUGCACCCUUCUUUGCUUUGUAGAGCAACGGAUGAAACUAAAUUCUUUCAGUACUUCAGGAUGUCCAGGGAACAGUUCGAAAUACUGCUUUCGAAAAUUGGGAGUGACUUGAAGAAACAGAACACCACAUUUCGCGCAGCUAUUUCACCAAGAGAGAAAUUAGCAGUUUGUUUAAGGUUCCUAGCCACUGGGGACUCAUUUCGAACCAUAGCAUUCAGUUUUCGACUAGGGUAUUGUAUGGUUCAGAAUGCAGUUCAUGGAGUUUGCAAAGCUAUUGUAAAAAAUAUGUUGCAGGAAGUAAUGCCUACUCCAACAAAAAAUGAGUGGGAGAGAAUUGCAAGAGAAUUUUGGGAUCAGUGGCAGUUUCCCAAUUGUUUAGGAUCUUUGGAUGGAAAACAUGUUGUGAUAGAGGCUCCUCAAAAUUCUGGUUCCCUCUACUUCAAUUACAAGAAAACAUUUUCAAUAGUUUUAUUGGCACUUGUUGAUGCUAAUUACAAAUUUAUAGCAGUAGACAUUGGGUCUUAUGGACGGAGUAGUGAUGGUGGAAUAUUUUCCACUUCAAAGCUUGGAAGGCGUUUAGAAAUGGGAACUCUAGACAUUCCAGAAGAUGCACUGCUGCCGGGAACACAACAACUGGCUCCAUACGUAAUUGUUGGUGAUCCGGCCUUUCCAUUAAAAAAAUACUUGAUGAGGCCCUUCCCUGGUCUACAAGUCGAAAACCGUAUCGAGAGACGCAUUUUCAACUACAGGUUGUCUCGCACCCGUAGGGUUGUUGAAAAUGCCUUUGGAAUUCUGACACAAAAGUUUAGAAUUUACAACAGAAGACUGAAAUUAGCGCCUAAAUAUGCUGAAAAGGUGGUUUUAGCCACGUGCAUUUUGCACAAUUUCAUUCGCGCAGGAACGGCUGCAACGCCUUUGAAUGAUGAUCAGAUAAUGGCAGGUAAUUUGACGGACUUAUCGAGACAAGGUGGAAAUUGUUCAACAGUAGCUUUUGAAAUAAGAGAGAUAUUCACAAGAUUCUUUAAUUCAGAACAAGGUUUCGUCCCUUGGCAACACAAUAUGAUUUAAACAAGUGUAUUUCUAACUGUAUUUGUUUGAUGCUAAUAAAGUGAUUAUUGAAAGUUA